CCGAGUCACCAGAGACUGCUGUGAGAGGAAAGGAAAGAUGGCGGAUGUGAAGACGGAAAGCGGAGCAGGGAUGGUGUUAUUUUCUGUUUUUUUCACCAUUUUGUCUCUGGGGCAGUGCAGUGACCAGGUUCCCGUGAUUAUCUGGUCAAGCGAAAGCUCGCUGUGGCAGUCGCAGGACGCCCCUGCCCUGGGCCAUGUUGUUUCUGGUUCUCAGUUGGUUACCUAUCUGAGCUCUGCAAUCAGCAAUGGACCUCACAAUGUGCUUCUCUUCCUGCAGGACAAGCUCAGUCUUGAUGACUUUACGAUGUACGGAGGGGCUUACGGUAACAAGCAGGAAAACGCCUUUCCAAAUCUGGAGGCUGCUCUGGAGAUGGCUCCCUCCUCCCUGGUGCUGCCUUCUGUAGACUGGCACGCCUCGAGCGCUGUGCCUGCCCUGCUGCAGGAGAAGCUGGAGACCAGCCCUGUCUACCUGGAGCCCUCCACACUCCGCCAGAUUCGACUCAACCACUCCAUCUCCUCUCUGCUGGUGCUGAGGCUGCCCUACACUAUCAGCACCCAGUUUAUGUCUCCAAAGGAUAUGCUUAGUGGCAAUGAUGAAGUGAUUGGUGAGGUGCUGAGCAUUCUGAAGAGCCAAGCCGUUCCCUACACUGCGGUCUUCACUGCCCUCCGGCCAUCCAGGGUAAUCCGGGACGUGUCUCUGGCUGUGGAGAACCUUGGCCGUUCUCUCCUCCAAGCCCCUCCAAAGCCAGCUGCAGCCCCCCACCCUCCUGUGAUGUACAACAACUCAGUCGGGCCCUGCAUCCUGCUGUGGGCUGAGAAUAUCACCAUGAGCCAUGUCCGCAGCGGGGUACCGCCGGUGCGCUUUGAGCUCACCUCUCGCACCUUCGGCCCCGGCGCCAAUGUGUCUCUGACUGGCUCCAUGUGCAACCACACCCAUUCCAGGCUUGUCCUUAAUUAUGGAGAAGUGGAGAGUUACAAGGACUUCAAAGUCAUAUUUGUGAUGAACAGUCGUCGCUACCCAGUCUCUGCCCGGUACUGGUUCACUCUUGACCACAUUGAGAUUGAAUACAAUGGUCUGAAGGCCAGAUUUAAUGGCAGCAGUGAGAUCUACGCGCCACAAAACUACUCCUUCCACUGCCAGUCUGUCACCAGCUUCAGAAACCCCCUGCUGGUGCCGUUCAACAGCAGCGACAGCGCCACCAACUGGAGAGUCUCCUUCACAGAGUUCCAGAUCCAGGGUUUCAAUGUUACCGGGCCCAGCUUCUCGUAUGCCAGUGACUGCGCUGGUUUCUUCACUCCAGGGAUCUGGAUGGGUCUGAUCACCACACUGCUGAUGGUGCUUAUCCUGACCUACGGGCUUCACAUGCUCAUGCAGCUGAAGACCAUGGACCGGUUUGACGACCCCAAAGGAGCCUCCAUCUCCGUGCCCCAGACAGAGUAACCAGCCUGGGAAACGCAAACAGUCCACUGGGGGAUUCUGGGGUUUAAAGUUAAACCUUGAGGGACAUCAUUGUGUUUUAGAUUGUCAAUGGAAAUAUUUGAUUUGAUGCCAGAAAUUACAGAUUUAUUGAAGGUUGUUUUUAAAACUUGGUUUGAAGAUUGGGUGAUGGGUAGAUUUAUCAUCUAAUUACACUGUGUAACAAAUUUUUUUUUUUUUGUUCCUGGGUAGUAAGUGUUAUUUCCUAAUUGCUUAUGCCUC